AUGGCUUUCACCACCCCCGCGGCAGCCGCGUUCUCCAGCUCUACGCCUUUGACAGCCAUGGAUCUGGCGGCUGCACUGUUUUACCUGCUGUUGGUGCUGGGUGAGGCUGUGGCAGACGCCCAGAUGUUCGCUUUCCAGACCGAGAAGUACCGCCGGAGAGCGGCUAAGGAGGAGAUGGUCGAGUAUGGUGCUGGCUUCAUCCAAAGUGGCCUUUGGGCCUGGUCACGUCAUCCCAAUUAUUUCUGUGAGGUCACCAUGUGGUGGGCUUUCUAUCUCUUCAGUAUCCCAGCCACAGGAGAAAUGCUGAACUGGACCAUUUGGGGUGCAGUUUUUCUCACGGGUCUCUUUCUUCUGCCUGGAGCAUCCUUGGACAUCACAGAGGCUUUGUCAUCCAGCAAGUAUCCGGAGUACAGAAACUACCAGAUGCUUGCUUGCUGGUGUUGGAUGUGGUUGUAUUGUCAUGUUGCUCAAUGUGUAGGUUUUCCGCUUUGGGCUGUAAUGAUUCCCAUGCAAUUGCGCCUGCCCGGAGAAUAA